AUGACUAUCAGGUCAGGCUUGUCUGAUACACAGUUGUCCCGAACUGCCAGCGACGUUUCUGACCACAGUGAUGAAGAAGGAUUCACAUACCCUGCAUCAGAGUCAGAAGAGGAGGAAUUUUUAUAUCCUGAAACCACUAAGGAGACCCCUGCUGCCACUAGUACUGCUGGAGGAGAGUCACCUCCCUCAGAAGAAGUGCUGACUUCCAUCGCGGAACCAGAGCAAGGACAAAUACUCGUCCCGGAUCCUACGGUACCAGUAGACGAACCUACAUCUCCAGUAUCUCCACCAGCUGUACAGACACAACCUCAUCCAUCUCCUGCUCAGUUGGAAGCUUUGUCGGCUGCUGCUUCUUCUGGGGACUUGUCUCUUUUGAAGAAGCUCUUUCAGACAGCUUUACAAAGCGGUGAACUCGAGGCCUUUGCCCUGGCAAACGACGCGUCCUCUCGAACAGGCUUCACUGUGUUGCAUGCUGCAGCUAGUCGAGGCUAUUUAGACAUUGUCAAGUGGCUGGUGGAAGAUUGCGGUGCAAUUCCAGAUUUAGAGGACCGCGAAGGAGAAGGUUAUCUUGAUAUUGUAAGGUGGCUAUGCGAGCGUGGAGGUAUUUCUAGUGUCGACGUGAGGAGUAAAGGUGGAUGGACUCCUCUCAUCAAUGCGGCCUCCAAAGGACAUUUGCCUGUCGUUCUAUAUCUACUCACAAAACAAGGUGCAAAUCCCCUUGUCCGGAAUAAUUGGGGUGAGACUGCAUAUGACGCUGCUGCUGCCGUGUUCGAGGUAUGGAUUUGUGAGGUUCUGCAGAAAGCAGAAGCAGAGCGAUGGCGCGGAACAACUGCGCCGUACAAUUCUCUCGCAGUGCACACGACCGUCCCCUUGAUCCUUUACGAGAACCAGCGCCUGGAUGGACGACUGAAAACGUUGGCAGUGUCUGGUGGGAAGCCAAAGUUCUCAGCCUCUGGCCUUGGCAGGCCGGGUCGGCGUGCACCGUUCGAGUUGAAACUGCCUUCGCUAGAUGAGGGGACGGGCACGAAAGCAGUUGCUGCCUGGCGUAGUGGUGUCCAGCUUCCACUGACCGAAGACCCUUGGACCUUACCAGAAACAAGCUCCAAGGAUAGACCUUCCCUUGAGGGCUCUGAAAGAAGUCAUUUCUGGCUGUCUGAUUGGACAUUGGACGUCACACACCCUGGUGUUGAUGCGGAGGCUGGCUGGCAAUAUGCGCAGGACUUUUCCUCGCCCGAUGAAACCUGGACUGCUGAGCCGCCCCCUCAGCUUCAGCGUUUGCUGAGCGGGAGUGGACUCAUGACAACUGGUCUAGGCUCUCCUUCCAGCAGCCACAGCCGCGCAAGCAGCAGCAGCUCUGCGACUUCUGUACCUGCGACCGCACGCGCUCCGACCUGGGUAAGACGCAGACGCUGGGUCCGCGUGAUGCGUCGUAGGCUUGACAUCCCCCCCUUGCCGUUCCAGGAGCCGGACGGUGCCAUGUACCAUCUUGCGCUUGACGGUUCUUUCAUCCCAUUCAUUGGGGACGACCAGAGCGAUUUUGGAGAAGACGAAGGACAGGAACUCGGAACAAUGACUUCGACAAGACUGUCAUCCGCCCAGGACUAUGUCUCUCGUGCUAGGUAUCUAGUCGGAAUACAACGAGAUGCUUUUGCCAUUGGGGAGACUUUAUCUGCUGUCGAAGCAAGGCGUGCCAUCGCCAAACUUGAGCGUGCAACUACUGAACUACGACAAGGCAUUCUUAGUGAUGAUGAUACAGAACGAAAAACUCAGGCAGAAGUCCUGCUCAAUGCCUAUAGCAGAGAGCUCGAGCGUCGCCGACUCGCAGCUGGUGCUCAAGGGUUGCUCAUCUCAGGCGCAGAUGACGAUUUUGUGGAAGACGACGACGACGACGAAGAGGAGUUUCGCUAUCCUGGCUACACGCCUCCAGGCACGUCAGUCCGCUCAGCUUCUACAGAGUACCUUUCCCGUUCUUUCGUUUCUCGUGCACCUACGGAUUUGACACCUCACCUCUCCCAAGCACCCGAGUUCCGCGUGCCCACCCAUGAAGCACCUCAGAAAGUUUUAACUCCGAGGUGGACUCCCCCGACACCUCAUCAAGUCCAUGCGCAAUGGGAAAGAGACGAUACGGUUUCUAAUUGUAAUGAUUGUCGUCGGCGGUUCGGAUUCCUUUUACGAAGAGUAAGUCCUACCACGUCGACACUUCUCGAUCCAUCCGACAUUGUUCGCGACCCUGUGUUCCCGGAAACCGCGGGAUCCACCUCAUCUCACCGUGUCUGCCAAGGGUGUUACGACGAGGUUAACGCCAGUAUCCCCACCAGAUUUUCAGGCUCCACUUCGUCCGCAUUGGAAAGAAUUGUGAUUGAUCAGAGAAGGCUCAUGGCCCCUGGACAGCUCCACCGGCAGGAGUCUAGUUCGCAACUAAGCGACCUUGCAGAGUGCCCCGUGUGCAGCACUAGCCUCGCGGAUCUUGGGCUACCGGGAGAACAGGAAGCCCACGUGAAGAAUUGCCUUGAAGGCGAUGCUGGAACAACACCUCAGGCUGCUAAGUAUCUGGUGUACAAGCUACCUGGUGAGAGCGCACUUCUGGGUGUCGAAUGUGUCAUCUGCUUAGAGGAGUUUACAAAGGGUGCUCUUGUAGCGAGGCUCAGCUGCUUCUGUAGUUUCCACAAUGGUUCGUGA